GAUCCAUUAAAAUUUAAUGAUUUCGACCAUGAAACAAUACAAAUCCAAGGAUCAGAAAAUAAAUCACUUACCCAAAUUCAAGAAUUUUAUAAGAACACAAACAUUUUUGUUACUGGAGGAACAGGUUUUCUGGGCAAACUUCUUUUGGAAAAACUCCUACGGUCCUGCAAUGAGCUCAACAGCAUCUACGUCCUUGUGAGAAACAAGAAGGGCAAAAAUGUAACAACGAGAGUAGACGAAAUUUUUGAAGACGUUCUUUUUGACAAAAUUAAAGUUGCAUGUCCAAAGUUUAUGCACAAGAUUAUUGGUGUUGCUGGAGAUUGUUCAUUACCUGAUCUUGGCUUAUCAAUACAAGAUAGAAAUACUUUAAUGAAAGAGAUUAACAUAGUAUUUCAUGCUGCAGCUACAGUUCGUUUUGACGAAAAAAUGAAGACGGCAGUUGCCAUUAAUGUACGAGCUACAGAAGAGUUGUUGAAACUUGCGCAACAAAUGCCAAAACUUAAAAGCUACAUACACGUUUCCACGGCGUAUGCGAAUUGCCCAGAAAAAGUGAUCGACGAAAAGUUUUAUCCUCCAGCUUUGGAUUACAAAAAACUGCUAGUGAUGACAGAUACUUUGUCAGAUAAAAUGAUGGAUAAUUUAACUCCAAUUAUGCUUGACAAGUACCCUAACACUUAUACAUACACUAAACAGAUUGCUGAAGAUGUUGUCAAACAAGUGGGAAAAGGUCUUCCACUUGGUAUUGUGAGACCAGCAAUAGUGGUAACAACCUACAGAGAACCAGUUCGAGCAUGGAUAAAUAAUAUGUAUGGUCCUACAGGGAUAGUUGCAGGAACAGGUGUAGGUCUAAUAAGGGUAGUGCAUUGUGAUGAAUAUGUCAAUGCAAACAUAGUGCCAGGAGAUAUGUGUGUCAACUCUAUAAUCGCAUCGGCUUGGGAUGUCUCAGAACAGUUUUUAGAAGCAAAACAUCAGAAUAAGAACUAUGAAAUACCUAUUUAUAACUUUGAAAGCAGUAACGAUAGCCCGAUUAAUUGGAACAUUUUUAUGAACAGUACUAUAAAAUAUGGACUACACACCCCGUCCCUCAGUGCAAUUUGGUACGUGAGUUUGGUUUUAGAAAAAAAAUAUUUUCUAUACAUCAUUUAUGCAUUUUUACUACACACAGUUCCUGCUUUCCUUGUAGAUUGUGUUUUAGUAUGUACUGGAAAAAAACCAAAAAUGCUAAAAGCCUACAAAAAAAUCCAUAGAUUCUCAAAAGUACUGUCUUAUUUUUGCACACAAAAUUGGACUUUUCACUCAGAAAAUGUGCAAAGAGUAUGUAAGAAAAUGAGUGAAAAAGAUAAUGAAAUAUUUUUCAGUGAUUUAAAAUUGCUCAAUUGGAACAACUAUUUUAAGUAUUGUUUUAUAGGAAUAAGGACGUUUUUGUUAAAUGAUUCCUGGGAAAAUCUUCCUGAAGCUAUUACUAAAUGGAGAAGGUAGGUUAGAGAGUAUCAUUUUUUCCAAAUUAUGGAGUUUAUACU